CAGCAGCAGCAGCGGCUCAGGGAGUAGUACCAGACCACUGUGCUGUGCAGGAACAGGCACGACGUAGCUGAAAACCGCUAGCGGAACAAAUGAAAACGAAAACUCUUCUUUCAUGUGGAUUAAUCCGGGGGCGAAACAGUCAUUCGAAGCGAGAAGAUCUUUAAGCGAAACUGGGACGAUUGACGAGGAUUGGGACAUUGGCUACUGUACGAUAACACCGCCGAAUGGUUUCUGUUGUCCCGCCGCUAAGGUUACAGGCUAAAUGAAACAGCCGAUAAUGUGCAGCAACUGCACCACAGUCACACCUACUUCCAGUCUGUAGAGGAAGCGGCUGUGCCAGCAUGUCCUCUCAUCCCCAGUCCGUGCCGCCGGGCCGGAGGACUGUGGACACACGGCACCUGCCAAACCCUGCCACUCUGCCACUGCAACUGCAACGGGCGCACACGGAAGUGGGACUGGUUGACUACCACUCUCAUCAUGCCAGGGACUUUAGCUCUCACCUGGCCCAGCCCCAUCGCCGUCGGCCCUCUUUACUUUCAGAGUUCCAGCCUGGGAAUGAAAGGGGACAAGAGCAGCAUAUCCGCUAUGAGCACAUCUACCUACCAGAGCCUGCCAGCCAAUCAGAGGUGGAGUAUGCAGAGAUCAAACGGCCUCGUUUAGAGAUGGGAUCAGAGUCUCUGAUGAGACCUUCACCCCACCGGCCACAAUUACCUCUGGGAGGAGCUGAUGAUAUGACAAAGGAACGUGGAAGUGCCAUGGGAAAGCUGGAGCCCAUCUCUCCUGUGAGCCCGGUCCAUAUGGACCCUGACUUGGAUUUGGUGCCAGCUCGCUUCUCCAAGGAGGAGCUGAUCCAGAACAUGGACCGUGUGGACAGGGAGAUCACCAUGGUGGAGCAACAAAUUUGCAAGCUUCGCAAAAAACAGCAACAGCUGGAGGAAGAGGCCGCAAAGCCCCAUGAGCCAGAGCAGCCCAUCUCACCGCCACCUAGUGAAGCCAAGCACCGCAGCCUGGUACAGAUCAUCUACGAUGAGAACAGGAAAAAGGCAGAAGAGGCUCACAGGAUACUGGAGGGACUGGGACCCAGAGUAGAACUGCCUCUGUACAACCAGCCCUCUGAUACCAAACAGUACCAUGAGAACAUCAAAAUAAACCAGGCGAUGAGGAAGAAGCUCAUCUUGUACUUCAAGAGGAGAAAUCAUGCUCGUAAGCAGUGGGAACAGAAGUUUUGCCAGCGCUAUGACCAGCUAAUGGAAGCCUGGGAGAAGAAGGUGGAGCGCAUUGAAAACAACCCACGGCGCAGAGCCAAGGAGAGCAAGGUGCGGGAGUACUACGAGAAACAGUUCCCUGAGAUCCGUAAGCAAAGAGAGCUGCAGGAGCGAAUGCAGAGCCGUGUUGGGCAGCGAGGAGGUGGGCUGACCUCAUCUGCAGCUCGCAGUGAACAUGAAGUCUCAGAAAUCAUUGAUGGAAUAUCAGAGCAUGAGAACACAGAGAAGCAGAUGCGACAGCUGGCGGUCAUCCCACCUAUGCUGUUUGAUGCUGAGCAGCAACGCAUCAAGUUUAUCAACAUGAAUGGAUUGAUGGAUGACCCCAUGAAGGUGUACAAGGACCGACAGGUUAUGAAUAUGUGGAGCGAGCAGGAGAAGGACACUUUUAGAGAGAAGUUCAUUCAGCACCCUAAAAACUUUGGUCUGAUUGCAUCUUUUCUGGAGCGAAAGACGGUGGCAGAGUGUGUCCUCUUUUACUACCUGACCAAAAAGAAUGAAAACUAUAAGAACAUAGUGCGAAGGAACUACCGGCGCCGAGGAAGAAGCCAGCACGGCCAGCAGCAGCAACAGCAGCAACAGGUGAACCGCAGCAGCCAGGAAGACAAAGAGAAGGAGGAGAAAGAGAAGGAAGGAGAGCGGGAUGAAGAAAAAAAUGAAGCUGAAGACAAGGAAGAUGGAAUGAAGGACGACACCUCUGGAGAAGAUGCAGAGGACAAAGAGCCUGCCGUUGCUUUCAAGGGUCGACGCACAGCUAAUAGCCAGGGACGCCGCAAAGGCCGUAUCACCCGCUCUAUGACAAGUGAAGUGGAGGAGACCACUACACCGCCACUCAACAGUGAACUCGCCAUUCUGGAGAUGAAUGAGAGCUCUCGCUGGACUGAAGAGGAGAUGGAAACUGCCAAAAAAGGCCUUCUCCAGUAUGGUAGGAAUUGGUCCGCCAUCGCCAAGAUGGUGGGAUCAAAGACCGUGUCACAGUGCAAGAACUUCUAUUUCAACUACAAAAAGAGGCAGAAACUGGAUGAGAUUCUGCAGCAGCAUAAAAUGAAAUCGGAGAAGGAGCGAAAGGCCCGUCGUAGGGGCAAAGCCCUGCAGAAUGAGGAGGCCAGUGCCCCGUAUGCAGCAGAGGAGGAGGAGAUGGAAGGAUCAGGAGCCAGCUGCAAUGAAGAGGAAGCCCCUGAUGAUGGAGAAGGUGGAGCCAACAACAGCUCUGACACAGAGAGCUUGCCCUCGCCUCACUCAUCCGAGGACAGUAAGGCUAAAGAGGAAGGCUCGAGCAGGUCCAAGGGCAGCUCCAACAGCGGAGACAAGGAGGAGGCCCAAUCAGACAUGGGCCAGGCAGGGGAUGAGAAACCUCAAGUCAAGGAGGAUGCAGACUCAGCCAUCAAGCAGGAGAUAAAGACUGAAACAGGAGAGCCCAACAAAGAGCAGCUGCAGCCAACGCCACCCAGUGAUGCCACAGAUAAAAAACCUCCUACAGCAGAGGCAGAGGAAGUAAAAAGUUCCACCAAAAGCUCCAAAAAGGAUCAUGCAUCCAAAACAGGCUCGCAUGGGGACAGUGAUUCUAGUGCCACUUGCAGCGCCGAUGAGGUGGAGGAGACAGACAACACAGAUAAGAACAGAAUGACUUCUCCACGGCCGAGCCUGCUGAACUACACUCACGAUGGGGUCACAUCAUCCCCACUACAGAAGCCCAUGGAUCUAAAGCAGCUCAAACAGCGGGCUGCUGCUAUACCACCUAUUAUGCCAGAGGCCUCUGUGCAGGGCAGCCAGCGGAGUGGGGGUGGGAAAGCAGUGCUACCCCCCCAUGCCCUGGCACUCUACCAGCAGCAGAUCACCAUGGCUCAUGGGGAGUCCUCUCAGGAGGUCAAACAGCAGCAGCAACUUUCAGGCCAGCCAGGCAAACAGCAGCCAUAUACCCCACAGUCGGACAGAGACAGGGAGGCUCUUCACAGCAGCAGCCCCCGUGUUCGCCCACGCAGCCCCUCCACCAGUGAAAAAGAUGAACUGGAAGGCAACGAGAGGUGGUUACUGACCCUCCUGCAGGGAUUAAAAAAGUCCCAAGCAUUCUCUCCGCAUGGGGACGCCAAGAAGCAGGCACUGGGCCCCGAUGACCUGAGGACUUCCAACUUGGGUCGCCCAGUUCUCUCCCCCUACCCCAUGUCCCCACGAGACAUGGCCAAGAUCAGUCACGACCAGCACCUGCUCCACUUCAAUUCGUUCCAGCAAGCAGGCCACCCGUCACUAUCCAGCCUGCCUCAGGACAGUAGUAGACUAGCAGCAGUGAGACCCCUCACAAUGCCAGAGCCUCCACCUCUCAUUUCCUCCAAUAAGCCAGGAGGCUCUAUCACACAGGGCACCCCAGUGCAACUGCACAGUCCUGCUCAUGGGUUGGACCAUGGGAAGAUGCCCCCCACACAGAUGGGGUUGCCUUGGAUGGAUCAAAGGAAAGUUGGUACUUUCCCAGUAGUAAAGCAGGAGCAGUUGUCCCCUCACAGCUCAUCCUCCCAGGCUGAUAACCUGUCAACCCAGGGAGUGUCUCAUGAAACCACUGGACGUGCUGUACAGGGGGGCAGUAUCACUAAGGGCAUCCCAGGGACCAGAAUGCAUCCAGAUUCUUCAAUUUCCUACCGAGGGGGCUCCAUUACUCAGGGGACGCCUGCAGAUGUGCUCUAUAAGGGAACCAUAGCACGUCUGAUCACAGAGGAGAGCGCCAGCCGAGCUGAGAGAGAGCGGGAUGAGGCACUGUCUAAAGGCCAUGUGCUCUAUGAGGGCAUCAGUGGGCACAUUCUCACAUACGACCGCCCACCGUCUCAGACCCCCAAAGAUGAGGGCCGAGGCCCAGGGCAGUCUGGGGACAUUCUGGGCUUGAAGCGUCCUUACGAUGUCAUGGAAGGAGGCAUCUCUAGAGGACUGCCUAUGAGGGAUUCGCUGUCUGCAGCCAACUGUGAAGGUCUGAUUGUUCGAGCCAUGCCUCAUGAUAGGGAUAGUCCGCACCACACGUCCUACAAGGAUGCUCAUCACAUUCGUGGUUCUAUCUCGCAAGGUAUACCUCGUCAUCUUGACCCUCAGGAUGGCUACCUGAGAAGGGAAGCAAAGCAGAUGAAAAGAGAGGGCUCACCAACCCGUGGGUCGGGCUCACUGUCUGACCCAAUGAAGGGCAGAGAGGCCAUCGUGCCCACGGUUAAGGAGGCUGGCCGCUCUAUCCACCUCAUUCCCAGAGAAGAGCUUAGACAGCCUGCCAAGGACGGCAUCAUAGCACAGGGAACACCUAUGAAACAAGAGGCGCCUGGUUCAGGGAAACGUCAUGAUGUCCGCUCCAUCAUAGCCAGUUCACCACGUUCCUACCACAAUGCACCCUCCCACCUGGAGAUGCGUGCUGAGAGAGGUCGAUAUGAGGAGGCACCUAAGGGACGGCCCAGUGCAGUGGUCAGCACGGCUAGCUCUAUAGCCCGCUCUUCUCCCCUUACACUGGGGUCAGAGCAAGGAGGCAAAGCCCAUCAUAGCCCUGUGGGCUACGAUGAUAAAGGCGCCUUAAGAACCCCUUACCCUGGGCCCUCGCACCGUGGCUCCCCACUGUCCAGGGAGGCAAGCCAAAGGCAGCAUGAGGGUUCCAGUAAAAAUCCGACUCAGGAGCGUAAAGCCACACCUACCCCCAGGGAGAUGAGUGCCACCAAAUCCCCACUCUCUGGUGUUACGGAUCAGACCUAUGAGCGUCUGCUGCAGGGUCUUGGAGCUACAGACGUGUAUCGACAGAUUCCUUUAGCCUUUGAUCCUGCAGCGCUGCCCCGUGGCAUCCCCAUCGAACCAGCGUACUACUUGCCUCGCCACCUAGCCCCCAACCCGGCCUAUCCUCAUCCCUACCCCUACCUCAUCCGUGGCUUUCCCGACACCGCGGCCCUGGAGAACCGCCAGACGCUGUUCAAUGACUACAUCACCUCACAGCAGAUGCACCAGUGGCCUGCAGCUGCUGCCAUGGCUGCCCAGCGCUCCGACCUUCUGAGGGGCCUUCCUUCACGAGACCAGCCGCUUCCUCUGCCCUACUCUGCAGCCCCACGUGGGAUCAUCGAUCUUUCUCAGGUGCCACACUUACCUGUCCUGGUCCCUCCCUCUGCAGGGACAGCUGGCUCCCCAAUGGAUCGCAUCACGUACAUCCCUGGGACAAGCACCACCUUCCCUGGCAGGCCUUACACCACCUCCCCCAUCUCACCUGUUGGCUCCUCACACAUGAACAAAAUGCAAGGCACAUCCUCCUCUUCAGAGCGUGAACGAGACCGCGAACGUGACAGGGAGAGGGACAGGGAACGGGAACGAGACAGGGAGCGAGACAGGGAGCGGGAGCGAGAGAGGGAGCGUGAACGGGACCGGGAGAGAGAUCGAGAACGGGAACGAGAGAGAGACCGGGAAAGGGAAAGGGACCGGGACAGAGAGAGAGACCGAGACAGAGAGCGUGACAGAGAGAAAGGCGGGUCUCUUGGAAAUGUGGAGCACGCCCCCAUAUGGCGACCAGGUACAGAGCACAGCUUGGCAAGUAGCAGCAGCAGCAGCAGUGUGAGACCUUCUUCCCAGCCAUACAGCCACCAGCACUCCCCAGUGUCACCUCGUACCCAGGAGAACGUGCAGCAGAGGCCAAGUGUCCUGCACAACACUGGGGGCAAAAGUAUUUCUGUCAACGAACACUCCAGCUCAUCUGUGUUACGGUCCAUGCCCUCAGGCCCAUCCCGCUACCAAGGUUACCCCAGCCACCUCCAAAGGACAGGUGUACCCCCUGAGGCCUACCCACCUGCCAUGGACUCAAGUGUAGCCAAAGAGCAGGGACGUGAAGGUGGCAAAAGCAGGGGAGGUCUACCUAAGCACGUGCAGGACCAGCAUGGGCCCUCCAGUAAAUCUGACCCCAAGCUGUCCAGCCCCAGCCCAGGAGGAAUAUACCCAGGUUCUUAUCCCUCGGCUUCAGGCCGUCCCCAGCACCUGCUACCUCCCCAGCCGGAUAACCCUCCUGGCCGUGGAGAAAGCGGUACCCCUAGUAGGGAAAAGACUCAAAACAAACCGAUGUCCAUUCAGGAACAAGAGCUCCGAGCACUCGGUAAGACCACCAUGACUGCGGCCAACUUCAUAAACGCGAUUAUUAUGCGUCAAAUUUCUUGUGAAACGGGGAUGCCAGAGACGGGCUCGCUUGUUGCCAGCAGCGCCACUGAUGCUCAGCCACACGGUCUCUACCGCCCUCCGUCUGAGGAGAGACUGUCUCCAGGCCAGCAGCCCCCAUCUCCCUGUGUUAAAGGCAGCCAGAGGGUGGUCACCCUGGCACAGCACAUCAGCGAGGUGAUUACAAAAGACUACACCAGGCAGAGCCAGCAGCAGCAGCAAAGCUACCAUGGCUCUCCGGUCCUGGACUUGACCCGUCCACCCAGUGCCUCCCAGCCCCCACCCAGUUCACAGGAGUCUGCCCAAGGGUCCCGAUAUCAAGAGGGCCUUGGUGGAGAACGUAACAGAGAUAGGUCUCCCCCUCAGCCCAAGACAUCACCCGUCAGUGUUUCAAAUGACGGCAUUGAGCCCGUGUCUCCUGCUGGAGCCGGCUCUGAGCCUGAAGGCCUGGGAGGAGCCUCCUACCCCAGUGAUCAAGGAGAACAAGGAAUGGGCUCCCGUUCUCCUCCCAACACCUCUCAGCCUCCAGCUUUCUUCAGCAAGCUGACUGAGAGUACCUCAGCUAUUGUGAAGUCAAAGAAACAGGAGAUGAUCAAGAAGAUGACUGUGGUGGGAAAUGACAGUGAUUUCAAUUCUGGUCAGCCAGGAACAGAAAUCUUCAACAUGCCAGCAUCAACAACUGCAGGCCCUGUGAGCGUCCGCAGCCACUCCGUUCAAGAGGCACCUGGUAAUUCAAUAGGCCUGGAGGCCAUCAUAAGAAAGGCCUUAAUGGGAAAAUACGAUGAUCAGCCUGAGGAACGCUCUCCAUCCAACGCUGCUAACCAGAUGGGCUCUGGCGUGUCUGCCGACGGACGGGCUGAGGACUCUUUCUCACAAGGUGGAACAAAGUCCUCAAAGAGCAGUGGACGCUCGAAUGGGCGCAAGGCCAAGUCCCCAGGACCGGGUCUGUCAGGGGGGGAGAGACCGUCCUCUGUGUCCUCAGUUCACUCAGAGGGAGACUGUAACAGACGAACUCCCCUCACCAACCGUGUCUGGGAGGACAGGCCUUCAUCUGCAGGUUCAACACCAACUCCCUUUCCAUGCAACCCGCUGAUAAUGCGUUUCCCCAGCGGGACAAUGUCUGCUCAUUCCCCCUCCUCUGGCCAACAGGGGGGCCAGGGCCCAGGGUCAGGACCUGGACAGGGUCGCUCCUGGGAGGAGGAGCCCAAGCCUCUGCUCAUGUCUCAGUACGAGACCCUGUCUGACAGUGAAUGACCGGAAAUGCCACUGUACAACAGGUCCCGCUAACAGUCAACCACCUCUGUGCUGCUGCAGCCACACAUACACACACAGACACACACACAAAUACACAGACAUAACUACACACACACACAGACACACACACCUGCCGAGGCAUCUGCAGACCUACCCACACCAUUCCAACCUGCAUUUCCUCCAUUAGUCAUCAGGCAAGAAUCGUGCCCUCCUUUCACGCAGCGAUGAAGUGGAACACUGCUGCUCCCUGUGUGUGUCUGUGUGUGCGUAUGUUUGCCCUUACAUGUUAUGCAUUCACUCCAGGACUACUCUAAAGGACAAAUCACUUUUUUUUAAAAGUUUAGUACUUUUCCUCACUGGCCUUAUCAAUUUAAACACAUUGGUCUGGUCGGUCUAAUGUGCUUACACUUGUGUGGAAGGGACUUGGAGGUCGAGCUGUAGGUCCGGUCAGGAGCCUGAUGACAGCUGCUCUAGUGACAGAUAAUCUGACCUGAGAGCAGCGGCCCACACACACAGCGAGGACCCUCGCAUGUUUCUUCACGGUGAACUCCAGGUGCAGGCGGCCUGUGCACUGCUACCACUACAAGAAUCCAUGCGACGGGACAGGAGGAGAAUCAGCAUCUUGUUUUUCUUGUUUUGGUUCUUUCUUUUUUUCCUUAAAAUUCUGUCAGUCCAGUCCUGUGUUUGGUGAGCUGAGACCUUUAGUACAUUUUGAUGGUGAACUUUUGAUGGUGUCAUUUGUUGUCUCUCUUCUCUGCAAUGAUAUAUAUUUUGGGGGCUGGGGUUGGGGGGGCAGAGAUUGUUAUGCGGGAGGGUCAUAUCAUUGGUUUACAGGGUAAACAUGCUGUUCAUUGCUGAUGUCAUCAUAUAUUACAGAGGGCCCAGGAGAAAGACAAAGCCCUACUGACUUCAGGAAUCCACGUGGGGAGAGAUGAUUUGCCAGAUGGAUGGCACUGAGACAAGUGACACUUUCUCACUGUUUUUAUAUUAACUAUGUCUGUGUUUGUUGAAACAGUUUUUGGAUAUUAAGCACUUAGUUGUCAGUCUGUUCACAAUGGCAUUUUUAAGAAUCUGUGUUUCCUGGGGCAGGUGAAAAAUGGACUCAAGAACAGCAUAGAAACCCCACUGUGGAGGUAUCCUUGAACACCUGUCUGUUUAUUUUGGUCUUGCCGCCUACAUUCUUUAGCGCUCCCACACUCAAAGCGACAAUCACAUUCUAGUGAACGAUGACUAAGCCGCUUCGAGCAGGUUGCAGACCGACCUUAAAGCUGCUUAAAGGCAAAUUCCACAGCAUCACCCGGAGUUUCCUUGCAUUAAAGACGUGAAAAAACAAAGCCAUCUUUCUACGACCCUUGGUCCACAGCAGCGUUGGCUUCAGCUGGCCUGCUGGAAUCCCGUCUAGGAGCUGUUGUGACAGUCUGACCUCUGACCUUUUACUGCCCAGCAGAGGCACUGCGACUCUUCAUCCAGGCAGAUUUUGUACAGUUCUGAAAUAUUCCUAGUGUUAAGUGCCAUUUAUUUUACAUAUACAACUGAAGUUACCAAGUGACGCACAAUUUUUCUUUCAGCCCCCCAUGCCAGGGUUCAUACUGUCCACACAGGGAAAUCAAAACAAAAAGCAAAUGAAACAUCCUGUUUUUUGUGUGUGUGUUUGUGUGAGUGCAUUUUUUUCCCCCAAAUCCGUCACUGCCUUAGCUUUUAACUGCUUCACUCAUUAAAUUUAUCCUCUAAACAAGACAAAACGGUGUCACAGGACAGCUUACCUGGACAUGCAUCAGAUGUUUUCUUCAUUACGAGAUCUGUGAUACUACAAGUGUACUUCAUUGCAGCCUCUGUUAGCAUGAGUUAGAAGAAGUUAAGGGCAACGCACUUGAAAGCAUUCUGGCAGUUUUCUGUACCAUCACUUGACAUAUUCUCACAUUGCAGUAUUUUAAAGGUCACGCUACCGGUUUCUGUCCCCCCGACAGUGAGCUUGUUUAGUGGUUUAGCUAAGACUCACCUCUGUUUGUAUUUUAUUUUGUCACCGUGGAUCCUCACAACACAAACAUGACUGUUAUAGGACUACCUCCUCUCCCCAAAACAUCGUACCUGUCGAUGGCGAUGCAUCUAGCAUGCCUUGCCUGCAGAAACCUCAUCUCAGCCAUGUUUUAGUUCUGAUUUUUUUUCUUUUCUAUCAACACUGAUGGAGAGUUUGUAAUUUCAGGCAAGGCAAAAAUAUCGCCAGGCUUUGUACAUUGGUCUCUCUGCGUGUAUAUCAUUUAUCCACUGAUAAAGUUCAUGAAUGUGACGCUAAACAGACUAAGCCAUAUCCAGCUGUCCCCUAAACCGAUGACUAAUAUGUUGUUUUUAAGAGCAUACUGAAAUGAAUUUUAACAAGCAUCCUUUUUGUUGUUUGUCCGGUGCACACACGUGUCAUUCUAAAUCAAAUGAAUCACUCAAACCUAACAGGACAAAGUUGAUUGCUGAUGUGUUCCCUGGACUGUCCAACGGUGGGUGGGGGGGGGGGGGGGGGAUUGACAAACAAUACAUUGUUCAACCAUUUUGUGCAUAAUUUUUUUUAUUAUAACCCACUGUAUAAUAGCAAGGAUUGUAUAUACAACUGAAGAGAUGUAAAUAUUUAUGUGGCUUGCUUCAAGGUUGGUAUUACAAAAAAAAAUAAAAAAUAAAAAAAAGUAUUCACAUGGUUAAAUUCUACAUGCCCACCAGCAAGCUUUGUGGAUAGCAGUGUAAAAAUGAAAAACAAAAAAGACACUGCCUUAAUGUUUAAAUAAAAAGCUUAUUGCCA